AUGGUCCAGCAUCCCGAUGAACGUUUGAGCAGCGACAUCUGCUUGAACGUCAGCUCCCGUUCCGCUUACUCCAGGCAGCAGCAGAUUGCAGCUCUCCAGCAGGGUAACGCCAAUCAAGCUGGAAGCGAGGAGAUCAUCGAGUCACUCUCCACCGGAAUCGACGAGUUCCAAUACGAUCCAAACGGCGGCAUCUUUUUCGAUUCGUGGUACGCUCGGUACGAGGACGUGUUCAAGGAGGACGGUAAGCAUUUGGACGACAAGGCGAAGGUCAGGCUGCUUCUGCGGAAAAUCGGCACGCAGUUCCACGAACGCUACGUGAACAGCGUUUUGCCGAACCAUCCGCGGGAUUUUGGAUUCGAAGACACCGUGAAGAGGCUGAAGAAGCUGUUCGGACGCCAAAAGUCCCUCUUCAACGCUCGGUACCAGUGUCUUCAAUACGUGAAGAACGACGCCGAUGAUUUUUCGUCAUACGCCGCGUCGGUCAACAAGCACUGUGAAGCGUUCCAGAUGGAAAAACUGUCCAACGACCAAUUCAAGACUCUCAGGUUCGUAUGCGGUCUCCAGUCACCGCGCGAUUCGGACAUCCGGACCAGACUGAUCGGAAAGUUGGAAGCUAAAGAAAACGCGCCGCCCGCCGACGGUGCCACUCUCAAGCUUGAAAACCUGGUUGAGGAGUGCAACCGCAUCAUUAACCUCAAGCAAGACACCCAGAUGAUCGAGAAAGGCUGCGGGGACAAGUCCAACGUUCACGCAAUCUCUCGCCAUCAUCGUACUUCAAGUCGGAAGGAGAAGAAGUCGCAGUCACCGAAAACACCUUGCUGGUUCUGUGGGGAUCUACACUACGUCAAGGAGUGUCCCUACCAGUCCCAUACCUGUACGAAACGUCGUCAAGUCCAAGUCAAGUCCAAAGGUAUCUCGGUUAAGCGAGUUGACCUCACGAAGAAACGGAAGUAUGUCAAGAUCGAAAUCAACGGUUCGCCCGCAACGUUGCAGCUCGAUUGUGCCUCCGACAUCACCAUUAUUUCCAAGCGCACUUGGACAUCCGUGGGCAAGCCUGUCAUCAAUCCAUCGGAAGUCGACGCCGUGAGUGCCUCUGGUGACAGCAUCGGGAUCCUAGGUGAGUUCAACGCCGAAAUCACCGUUCAAGACGUGACAAAAUCUGGCCGCAUUUUCGUCACGAGCAAUCCGGAUCUCAACGUACUCGGAAUCGAAACAAUUGAUCCGUUCGAUCUCUGGUCGGUUCCAUUCAGCUCGUUGGUCAACAACAUCCAGCAAAACUCGAACGCAACGAUGCAGAAGCUUCAAGCCAAGUUUCCUGAAGUGUUCCAGUCCACGCUCGGAUGCUGCUCGAAAGCGAAGGUAACACUCUAUCCGAAGCCAGACGCACGCCCUGUGUACUGCCCCAAGAGACCGGUUGCCUACGCUGAGCUGCAGAGACUUCAAGAUAACGGCAUCAUUUCGCCAGUCCAGUUCUCCGAUUGGGCUGCUCCCAUAGUUGUGGUUCGCAAAUCCGAUGUCUCCGUACGUAUCUGUGGUGACUAUUCCACGGGUCUCAACGACGCACUCGAGUCGGAUCGCCAUCCGCUGCCGCACCCGGACGACAUUUUUGCUGAACUAGCCGGCUGCCGUUACUUCUCCUGCAUCGACCUAUCGGACGCCUAUCUUCAGGUCGAAGUAGAGGAAUCAUCAAGACGACUGCUCACGAUAAACACGCACAAGGGUUUGUUCCAGUACAACCGUUUGCCGCCCGGUGUGAAAUCGGCUCCUGGAGCGUUCCAGAGGAUCAUCGACAGCAUGGUUGCCGGCAUUCCUGGUGUCAAGCCUUACCUGGACGACAUCCUAAUCGCUGGAAGGACUCAAGAGGAGCACGACCUCAGGCUUCACGCUGUGCUGCAGCGAAUUCGUGAGUAUGGUUUUCAUCUCCGCAUCGAAAAGUGUCGUUUCUCCCUGCCGCAGAUCAAGUUUCUGGGCCACAUCGUCGACAAGGAUGGUCUCCGCCCAGAUCCAGCCAAAACCAGCGCUAUCUCCGAAAUGGCACCUCCAACGAAUGUAUCGCAACUACGAUCGUACCUCGGUGCGAUUAACUACUACGAACGGUUCGUUGGACAGAUGAAGCAACUCCGAGCACCCCUCGAUCGUCUACUCAAGAAAGAUGCUCCAUGGAAGUGGACUGCUGAGUGUCAAAAAUCGUUCGACCGUUUCAAGUCCAUCCUGUUCUCCAAUCUCUUGCUGACGCAUUUCGAUCCCAGUAAGGAAAUCAUCGUGGCCGGAGACGCCUCCAAGGACGGCUUGGGUGCCGUUAUCCUACACCGUUUUCCCGAUGGCUCCGUCAUAGCCAUCGCUCACGCUUCAAGGUCAUUCACACCUGCGGAAGAAAACUAUGGUCAAAUCGAGAAGGAAGCGCUCGCAUUGGUGUUUGCAGUUACCCGUUUCCACAAGAUGAUUUUCGGUCGCAGAUUCGUGCUUCAGACCGACCACAAGCCCCUUCUCAAGAUUUUCGGCAGCAAUAAAGGAAUUCCCGUCUACACGGCAAAUCGUCUCCAGCGCUGGGCGCUUACGAUGUUGCUGUACGACUUCGAUAUCCAGUUCGUUCCAACGGCUAGUUUUGGACAUGCUGACCUGCUGUCACGCUUGAUGAGCUGCCACAGCAAACCGGACGAGGAAUACGUUAUCUCUGCUCUCCAGACGGAAACCGACGUGAAGGCAAUCCUCGACGACUCUACUUCCCAUUUGCCUGUCACAGCACAAAUGAUCGCCAAGGAAACGCAAAACGACCCGGUCCUUCAAGAGGUAAUCAACCACAUCAGCAACGGCUGGCCGAGCACGGCAAGCGAGCUCCACACUCCAGCUGUACGACAAUUCUACUCGCGAAGAGAAGGUCUUCAAGUUACCCAGGACUGCAUCAUGUUUGGUGAUCGAGUUGUGGUCCCUGAACGGUUCCGCAAACGCAUCAUCCGGCAACUCCACCGUGGACACCCCGGGAUCGCACUCGCAAGAAGUUUCGUGUACUGGCCGAACAUCGACGAGGACGUUGAAUCGUUUGUGCGCCAGUGUCGUUCCUGUGCUGCUGCUGCAAAAUUGCCCCGCAAGACUACCCUAUCAUCAUGGCCGAUACCAAGGCCGAUACCAACGAAACCAUGGGAAAGGAUUCAUAUCGACUACGCAGGACCGGUCGAUGGUUACUUCUACCUUGUCGUGGUAGAUGCCUACUCAAAAUGGCCGGAAAUUUUCAGGACCCGUAGCACCACUACCACAGCGACGCUGGAGCUGCUACAAGAAACUUUCGCAAGAUAUGGCGACCCACAUACUCUUGUGUCCGACAAUGGUACCCAGUUCGUCAGCGCCAGUUUCAAGCUUUUCUGUGACGAAAAUGGUAUCCAGCAUCUGACGACAGCCCCGUAUCACCCGCAAUCGAACGGACAAGCAGAACGUUUUGUCGACAUCUUGAAGAGAGGAUUGAAGAAACUUGCCGAAGGGGAAAAGACGGUGACGUUCCAGCACCUUCAGACGUUCCUAUCCGUUUACCGGUCAACACCAAACCGAAACGCUCCGGAUGGUAAAUCUCCUGCACACCUGUUCCUAGGACGAGAAAUGCGGACUUCCCUGGAUCUCUUGAAGCCGAGUUCUCCGCGUCAAACCCUGGUCAACGAGAAGCAGAACGACCAGUUUAACCGAAGACACGGAGCGGUCAAAAGAGCCUUCAAUUCGGACGACCUGGUGUACGCGCAAGUACAUCGCCGAAACAAAACCGAAUGGGUUCCUGGACAGGUCAUCGAACGCAAGGGAUCAGUGGACUAUACUGUGUUACUCGAAAACGGACGCCUCAACCGAGCACAUACGAAUCAGCUACGCCACCGGUUCUCGGAUGCAAGUGAAGCCGUUUCUACACCAAACAACCAACUCCCUUUUGCACUUCUCCUCGACGAAUUCCAAAUCCAAGUUCCAACACCAGUGGUUCUGGAAGAUCCGCUAGAAGAACUGGUUCCCGACGCAGCAAAUGUUCCAGCUGACGAUGACGAUGGAAAUCAGGACGUGAUGACGGAUGAUAAGUCCGAGGUUCCCACCAGUAUUGGUUCGCCGGAACCAGCUCGACAAGGAAGAUAUCGCAGACUACCAGCUUGGCUUGCGCCCUACGAUCUCUUUUAA